UGUUGUUUUGAAAUAAUAACAGGGGUUAAAUGUCUCGCCCAAUCAAGCAAAGAAGCUGCAAGUGGGCGGCCCAGUCGGGCCACAGCAGGGCCAGCACCCUUGAUCAACAGGGCGCCUGGUUGGCGUGCGGUUCGACCGCAUCUCGCCUCGUCAGGCUGUGUGAGCAAAGUUGUGCUUUAGCUCAUGCGCGGCGACCGCAGCCCGGCGGAACGGAGACCUUUAAAGGAGUUGGUGGUCAACACAUUCUCUCAACCAUUUUGACCCGCCAUGGCAACUUAGUGCUAAGCCAUACUGUACUUUCAUCUGCAAUCACCGCGGGACACGGGUUCCCAUUGAGCAGUUGGCGGCUGGUGCCUCACGCAGCUUGAUGUUCCGCCGAAAAGGCAAAGCUCUCACCCCAUGGCACCACCCGACUCAACCCCACAUAUGCUCGUCCUAGAGUCCUUACCGGGAAAUCGGUGGGAGCUGAAUCCGGUGGUUUUCUCUCUCGACGCGCUAAAUAGGUUGCCCAAGCAAUGCUAUAUUUUCCUCAAUGCAGACCACUAUCCAACCGCGGACGGGUGGCGCCAGAAGCUACUCGCCCAUUUUAACGUGCCUAAGUUCGUGGCAAACAAGACGUGCUUCGACGUCAACGGCUACUUUGGGAGCAAGGCAAGCUUCGACAACCAAGUAGUACCCGCCGCCAACCAUGUUACGAGCCACACAACUUGGUUUCGCUUCCUCUUGAAGAUGGUGAAGAAGGUGGAGAAGGACCCCCAUGACAACGGCGAGGAAUAUGUGGAAGAACACAAAAAGAAAGACUACAGGUGGUUCGAGAUGUCCUUCUUCACCCGCUGGGACUAUCCGGACUCCUCCCAGGUUCUAUGUGUCGACGUCCCACCAGAUCUCCCAUCGGAGCUGAAAAAGCUUCUAGAAGCACGGCCUGAGCCCCCCGACUUUCGAGACCCCUUUGCUAUGCAUGCCGACCUCGUGGAUCAAAUAGUUGUCCAUGCGGACGUCUCGGUUUGGCGCGUACGAGACCCCGUGCGGCUCCUCGAAAAGACCCGCAUGCGGACUGGUGCUAUCUUCGGACCCAUCCACGAGAUGUCCCGCCACGCGAUUCACGCAUCCGAGAUUCUCGAGGCCAGUAUCGAUACACUGAAAGAAAUGCAGCACUGCCGAACUGCGAUUCAACAAAGAUUACACCCCGAUCUAGGCGAGACGUACAGAGAGCAGGCUAAGGACUACGCUCAGUUCCAAAUCUCACUGGUCAAGGCUUUGAAACUGCGGUCUGAUUCCAACCAGGAACGGCUAAAGAAUGAAAUCAACCUGGCCUUCAACAGCCUCGCUCGCCAGGACAACAGUGUCAUGAAGUCGAUCGCGCUUCUGACCAUGAUCUUUCUACCAGCGACCUUCAUCUCCGCGCUCUUCAGCACCACUUUCUUCAACAUGAACGACGACGAUGGGACGUGGCAGGCAUCGGAUAAGCUGUGGGUAUAUUGGGUUACGACCGUCCCGGCCACCAUCGUCAUCGUGGUGCUGUGGCGGGUGUGGCUUGCUAACAGCGACGCCAUCACUCGGUUCAUGAAACAGCAGGUCAAGUCGUUUCGAGCGCAGUGGAAAAGGUUAACGACACGGAGGGUGCGUUCACAAAGCGCGCCCGAGAAGGCAGGACAACCGUGAGGUUUAGGCAAGAGAUCUGAGGAUUCACUGAGUAGCCAGGUCAAGUCAUGGAAGCCGUUUAAAAUUGCAGUGUUAAACGGGAG